AUGGCGCCGUUAAAGUUGAACCCGAUGAUCAGCGAGAUGGAGGAGUCCACCACCGUAGCAAUCUUCAGCAAGGUCUCCAACAUGAAGAGUCGCGGUGAGAAGGUCAAUGGGGCCUUGUGCGUUGGCCAGCCAGACUUCGCACCUCCACCCGAAGCAAUCCAGGCGACCCAGGAAGCUGCCGUCAAGGGCUUGACGAGCUACACGGCGGUGACAGGCACCCUGGAGCUGCGGCAGGCGGUGGCCGAGUAUCUCGAGAAGUACAAGAAGGUGAAGUACAGCCCCGACGAAGUGCUGAUUGCCUGCGGAGGCAAGCAGGCGAUCUACCAAGUCGUGAUGGCGCUCUGCCAGAAAGGCGACGAAGUGAUCGUCCCUGCACCGUAUUGGACUUCCUACCCGGAUAUUGUGAAGCUGUCGGGAGCGACGCCGGUAAUCUUGGAGACAACUGCAGCUCAAGGCUAUGCUAUCGAUGCCAAGAGGUUGAAUGCCGCGAUCACCCCGCGCACUCGCUUGGUCAUCGUGUGCAAUCCAUCGAAUCCGACAGGCUGCGCCAUGGGUAAGAGCCAAGUUGAGGAAGUCGCGGAAGUGCUGCGGCAGCCACAAAAUCAGCAUGUUCUCGUCCUCUCAGAUGAAAUCUACGAGCGGAUUUGUUAUGACGGCACAGAGCACGCAUCCUUCGCUGCUCUGAAGGAUAUGUGGGAGCGUACACUGACGAUCAACGGCUUCUCCAAAGCAUUCUCGAUGACGGGCUAUCGAUUGGGAUACCUUGCCGCACCCAAAGAAAUUGUCAAAGCCGCCUCCAAGCUGCAGUCUCAGAUCACCUCAUGUGCCUCGAGCGUGGCUCAGCAUGCCGGCAUUGCGGCGCUGCAGUGCGACAUGAGCUACAUCUCAGGGAAAGUCGCCGAGCUCGAGAAGAAGCGGGAUCUGGCCCUGGAUCUUCUAGCCAAGAUACCUGAUAUACAAUGCCCGAAGCCUGGGGGCGCCUUCUACUUGUUUCCCGACAUCUCUGCUUACUUCGGGCGCUCCACGGCGGAUGGGAAAGUCAUCCAGGAUGCGACUCAGCUCUGCCUCCAUUUGCUGGAAGAGUAUCGGGUUGCGCUGGUGCCCGGCGAUGCCUUCGGCGAUGGGAAAUGCUUGCGCUUGUCUUACGCCGCGACGAUAGAAAACAUCACGGAUGCGAUUACCAAGCUGGGCAGCUGCCUCCAAUCCUUGCAAAGCGCGAAAAAAGCUCGUACCAGCUGA